GAAGGGAGGAGGAGCAAAAAAGGGCAGAGGAGGAGAGAAGAAGACAAGAAGAACAAAAAAGGAGAGAAGAGGAAAGACAGAAAGAAGAGAUGAGUCAAAGAGUACAGGAAUCAAGGGAACGAGCUACAGAGCAGUACGAGAAACAACAGAGAAGCAGACAAGAACAUCAGUCCAAACAUAAUGUUCUGAUUGGGCAUUUGGAUGAAUUUGAGAGGGACUAUAAAUCCUUUAAUGGGAAAGAUGAGUUUGUAGAAAUCCUUUCCCUCAAAUGUAACAUUGAUGCUUCAGAUCUCAGUCUCACCACCCCAAAAGCUGACCUGUUAGGGAAGAUCCUGUCAGCUCUUGACGAUUUUCUGUUUGAUGAAUGGAUAAAGGAUCCCCCAUCCAGCAGCACUUUGCAGCACACUCAGGUUUACAUCACAGAGCUUUGUGCGCUGUAUGUGGAAGUACCAGAGGAUGUUUCUCGACAAAAUAUGUCAAAUCAUGUGCAGUCUUUGGUUGGGGCCAUCAGCCAAUCAGCAUGCAGCAUAUCUGAGACUCUAGCAUUGACUCAAGCUUUGUACGUCACUCUAAUGCACUACAUCAGUGAAAAUGACAGGUCUGAUGCUGAUGCAGUCAUAAUAGCAAAACAAUGGGGUAAAGAAGAGCUCACGAUGAAGCAUCUUUUUCCCAUUGAGUUCCUGAGCCUCCUCAUUGUGUCCUUGCAUAAUACAGUUAGCAAAACAUCUACUUUUAUUUUAAAAAUGGAAAUCCAGUGUUUGAAACUUCUAAUGUCCUCUUUAGUCAACCUGAAUGACAAAGAGAGCCACUAUGCAUCAACUGACUUGAUUCUUGGACUUGUCGAAAGAGACCAAUGGACACCAAUGGAGGCAGUAAAUCUGCUAAAAGCUAUGUCAUUGAAAAUCACAGAGGAUGUUUUAACAGCUAAAGUGCUAACUUUGGUUGAAGUUUAUGAUGUAUCACCAAGCUGGACAGAUGAUUCUGGAUCCUCACUCAUUCAGGCUCUUGAAGGUGCUAAUUCAGAAAGUUUCUAUCAGGAUUUCCAUGACAUUCUCAAAAAGAAAGACGAAAGCAAUCUAGAUGUCGCUCUGGCCAACAUUAAAUUGUCACAGAAGUUGGAUGAUGCCAAGAUUAAUGAAAUAAAAACCGUAGUCUCAGGUGCUGCUCUUCUGUUUUCAGAAAAUGCUACCAUAGGAUCUUUCAAACUUGAGGAAUUUGAAACAAAGAAUUUACAGACCUGCCUGUCUCAGCUCUGCAGAGCAGUUUUUGACAUCAAAGGCUGGUAUCCUACAAUGAAACACAUGGUGCAGUGGUGUGUGUUGGUCCUAACUGGGAAAAAUUCAGUACCACAGCUGGUUUCUGAUGAAGAGGACCCAUGUGUCAUUGCCAUGUUUGCUGCUACACAUUUCUACAUGGGGAAAAAAAAUUAACAUUAUAAUGAACUCUGAAAGUGAUAGUGAAGACCAAGCUAAAGAGUGGUAUGACUUUUACAAGAGCCUUAACAUUUCUGUCAGAACAAACAUCAGGAAAGAGAAUGAUUACCCUUUAAAGGAGAUAUUUGAGGCUGAUGUCAUCUAUGGUACACUUAAAGACUUUGUGUCUGACUACGUUCUAUACUGGAAAGAGGUCAUUUCAUCACAAAUCCCUCACCUUGCAAGGAUAUUCAUCAUUGAGGAAAAAUGUAUAGUUGCAUCACAUACUCUGGAUCUGCCAAGGCUCAAGGAUAUUGAUUCCCUUUCUUCUGCUGCCAAAGUUCUACAAACACUGGCAGGAAAAUUCUACACAGAAGACUUGGAGCAGAGAGCCGGUUUUAUCAGGGCUGUUUUUCAAGCCCUACAGUCAAACUUAAAAGAAGGUACAAGCACCAAGGAAAAAAUAUCCAACAUCCUUGAGAAAAUGAUUGGAAAGGAACUUCUUCCUAAAGAGUUGUAUAGUCUAACUUUUCUUGAGAAUCUGCUGCAAGCGGUUACCAAUGAAAAAGAAGCUAACAAAAGAAUUACGUCUUCUGCUGAAAAAUGGUGCUUCGACAGUAUAUUGGUUGCUUCAGAGCAAAUUAAAGACUUAAAUAAACAAACCAAAGAAGUCUUGCAGAUGGUUUCAAACCUGGGACAAAAAAAUCUCUGGUCACCACUGGAACUCCUAACCCUCCUUGGAGCAUUAAUUGGGCACCAUCAUAAUGAGGGCUGUGUGUCCAUCAUGAAGAUUUUACAUUUAAUGGAAACAUAUCAGGUAUCUUCCAAAUGGACAGAUGAGAACAACCAAACUGUCAUUAGUCUGUUAAAGGCAAGCAAAACAGAGAAUCUGAUUCAGAAUUUAGAAAAAAGUCUUGGAGAUGAGAAAAUCAAAAGCAUCGACAUCCUUUUUGAUGAACUAAGGCAGAAGAAAGAUAUUGAUGAGGAAACGCUGACUAAAUCAUAUGAAAUUGUUUCUUAUGUAACAGACCUGAUCAACACUGGAGAAAUAGAAAAGCACAAUGACAUAAAAAAAGCUAAGCAACUCAGUCAAAGCAUGGAAACAGUAGAUCUUAAGGAGGUAUUGGCAGUCUUAUGUAAUGUCAUCAACCUGAAAAUUGCCAAAGGGAAAUGGUGGCCAAGAAUCAAUCAGAUGAUAAGCUGGUGCCUCUUGGCCUUGUCCAACACUGGAACGCUCCUAGAAAUGGGAACUGGAGAAGGAAAGUCUUGUGUCAUAGCAAUGUUUGCAGCACUCCGUGUGUUCAAGGGUGAAAAGGUAGAUGUGGUGUCAAGCUCAUCUGUUUUAUGUCAAAGAGAUGCUGCAGAAUUUAGCAACUUCUAUGAAUACUUUGGCAUUACAGUUGACACAAACACAAAUAAAACUGAAGACAGCAAACGAAAAGAGUGCUAUCAGAUGGACAUUGUCUAUGGGACAAUCGAAGCCUUUGCUGCUGAUCACCUUCGCCAGAUAUUUGAGAUGAAAGAUGUGAGGCCCAAUCGCAGCUUUCAGUGCAUCAUUAUUGAUGAAGUGGAUUCUCUACUGCUGGAUCAGGGAGUGCAGCUGACUUACCUAUCCAGCCCCAUGGUCUCCAUGGAGCAUAUAAACUCUGUUCUGGCCAUGAUCUGGGGCCAUGUCCAGCAGUAUGGAUUCCUGUCUUCGGGACACCAGUCAUUUGUUCAAGGUCCUCCUGCAUCAUUCUUUAGGGCCAUCUUUGAUUCAAUCAACACAGAAGAAACUGAAAUUGAAGAUCCAAUGGACAUUUUACGUAUUGCUGAGGAAAGCAACUCUGUGCCACAGGGAUUUACAGAUGAUAUCCAUAAAGGUGGCAAGGACGAUAUUCUUAAAAAGCUGAAAAUUGUGAAUCAGGAUGCAAUGAUAAAAGUUUUUCAAGAAAUGGAGGACUAUGUUCCAUAUGGUUUCACCAUUUACACAUUAAAUAAUGAGGGACUGCUCUGUCUGAAAAAACUCAGUCCAUACAACACAAAUCAAAUUCCAGACCUAAAGUUCCUUGUCUUAGAUGAAGGAUUGUGUUGUCCUCUCUAUGACUCAGAAGAAGUUCUCAUCAAGCCCAUUGCAGAAUUUAUCUCUGAGAAGAUUCAAUACACUCCAUGCCCAAACAAUAUAGAGAAAAUUAACAUUCCUGGUUUUUUGAGGGAUCUCAUUGAAAAGAAAAUGCCGUUGUGGGUAGAGAAUGCCUUUCUGGCUAAGCAGCUCAGGGAGGGACAAGACUAUGUGGUAGAAAAUGAUAACAUCUGUCCAGUGGACUUCAGAUCUACUGGUAUUAUUGAACUGAAUAAGAAAUGGGGUGAUGGCCUGCAACAGUUUGUGGAGAUUAAGCACCAAAUAAAGCUGAGCACAAUUUCAGCAGUGACAAACUACAUUUCUAAUAUUGCCUUUUUUCAAAAGUACCAGGGUAAGAUAUAUGGAACCACAGGGACACUUGGAAGUGAAAAGGACAUUCUAUUUCUGCAGGAUCUUUAUCCAAACCUGUCUGCAUGUAGAAUGCCAACAUUCAACAGAAAGAAACUGUAUGAGGUCAAAGGAAUUCUGAAAACAACUUCUAAAGAGUGGAAAUCAGAGAUAAAACAAGUUGUAAUGUCUCAAAUUUCCCCAAACUCAUACAGAGAGGGAAGAGCUGCCCUGGUGAUCUGUGAAACCAUCAACAAAGCCAAAGAGAUUUAUGAAGAACUGAAAAGCACCAUCCCUGGUGAAAUCAUCCUUUACUGCCGCAGUGACAAAGACAGUUUGAGUAAAAUAGAAAAGGAGCUUGUUCCUGGUGAUGUUAUUGUUGCCACAAACCUUGCUGGACGUGGCACUGACAUUAAAGUCUCCAAACAGGUAAAUAGAAAUGGAGGAUUAUUUGUUGUUCUGUCCUUCCUUUCUGAAAACACCAGAGUAGAACUCCAGGCUUUUGGUCGAACAGCACGCAAAGGAAAACCUGGAUCUGCUCAGAUUGUCACAUGCAGUGAACACCUGCCACAUGAUUUCAGCACAGCAACAUCUCUGGAGGAGGCCAAGAGCGCAAGGGACAGACUUGCUGUAGAAAAGAUAGACUAUAUGAUGAAUGAGGUGACUGAAAUGAAUCUGCGGGAGGAGCUGUUUUCAGAGUAUUGUGAGACUCUUCAUGAUAUUUACAAGAAAACAGAUGGCGAUGACAGAAAAGUUAUUGUUGCUGUCAUGAAUGAGUUCUGGGGAAUAUGGCUGCAAAUCAAAUCGGAGGACAUUGAGAAGCAGAAAAAAAAUGAAUUGCAGCAAAGUCUGAAAAAGGAUUUGUCCUCAGCAAGACAACAGUCUUCAUCUAAAACUUCACCUUGCUCAAGUAUCUAUCACUACAUUGAUUUUGGAAAUAUUUCUUUGGAUGAAAAAAAUUGGACAAAUGGUGCUAGGCUGUUUGAAAAGGCCAUGAAUCAAGAUGAAACUUGGGCAGCCAUUGCUUUUUACAGUCAUGCAUAUUGCACUAUAAAACUGUCUGAUGGAGAUUACCUCACAAAAGCUAAACAAGAUCUUCAAAAGGCACAAGAAUCCCUAAAGUAUCUGAGUGAAGAAUGCAUGGUCUGUUUGCAGUUCAUAAAAAUGGUCAAUGUGGACUCGAGCAAAAAUGACCCAUCCAGCCUUGAAAAACAGAUAACAACUAAGUGUAACAUGUACAGGUUCUUGGAUAAAAACAUUUCUGAGGCUAUAGAAAAGCUGGAUGAAAUCAAAGGCAAGGGAAGGGAUGCUGAAGCCAAAAAAUCUCCUGUUUACUCCUUGGUGUCAGAUGCUGAUGAAGAUCUUCAAUUAGAAGCUGAUAACCUUUACAGACGUGGUCUAAAAUAUGUUUUUGCUGUUGAGGAAAAACCUCGUUUCCCAUGGGAAGGUCUGCUGGUUUUCUUGCUUGGAGUAAUGCAGAUUAUUGCAGGAACACUGCUCACUGUAUUCACAGUUGGUACUUUGGCUCAAAUUGGAAUGGGACUAAUCGCUGAAGGAAUAUCCGACUGUAUUGAAGGUAUUACAGCAAUGGUGACAGGAGAAUUCAGCUGGAAAGAAUGGGCUAUUGGGAAAGCCAUUUCAAUUGGUGUUUCUAUCAUAUCAUUUGGAGUUGGAAAAAUAAUUUCAAAAGGAUUUAAAGCUGCAAAAGCAGCAAUUAAAGCUGUAGGUAAAAAACUGAAGGCAUUGCCAAAGUUUCUCUCAAAACAAGCUAAAAACAGUUUAAGCACUGUCACAAGAACAAACCUGAAGAAUGCCGUAAAACAUACAGCAAAAACGAUUGUUGAGGAAACACUGUUCUAUAGCCUUGAGAAAGCAGAGGAAAAAAUGUUUGAAGAAAUUUUAAACAGCAUCAAAGCAGAGGUAGCAAAGGGAGUUGUUAAUGACGUGAAAGCCAAUCUUAAAAAAGAACCCCUGGCUGCGUUAGUGGAUACUGUUAUCCUCUCACACCUCCUACACAGAGAGCGACUACAAUAUCUCCUGGAAGAUGACAAAAGUAAGAAAGAUCUCCUUUCCAUUUACGAGAAGUUAGGAAAGUCUGCACUACAGCCAUUUUAUGCAGACCUUACUUGGCAAAACAAGCUUGAAUCUUCAAUUAUUAAGGUGCUGGACAGCGCUAAGGAAGGAACACAUGGAAAAAUGAAAACAAUUUUGACUGCUAUUCAAACUACCCAUUAUGCCAUUCUGGCAAGAGAUGCCAUCGGUGAAGUGCUCACCCUCUCCAGCAAGUUCUUUUCAAACCUUGAAAAUGAACUGAAAACAUUUAACGAAGACAAAACUGAAAAAGUAAAGCGAAAUGAACUAACUUCCUCUGAAAUUGACAUGGUUGACAAAUUCAAGCAAGAGCUGGCUGACACCCUCAGCACGUUACUGGCCGAGGCUUUGGUCGAUGUUUUCAAUAACAAGUUUUUUAGUCACCUUGUUUCUCGUGCACAAAACAAAGCACACGAAUCUAUCAAGAAACAUGUCAGAUCUGGUUUAAAGAGUGAAAGGACAGAGGAAAAACUUAAAGCUGGACAACACAACAGCUACAUAGCAAACAUGCCAGUAAAUGCAAAUGCCAAACUUGCUGGUAAACUUUCAAAAGCUCAUGCUGAAAAGAUCAAGAAUAAGAACACUCCUGGUACCCUUCUUGAUAUCAGAGUCCUGUCGGAGGCUACUGGUACAAGAGUUGUUAUUCUUACAGAGAACAAGCAUGGCAAACUCACCAAAAUGCAGGAAGUUAGUCCAAGCACUAAAUCUGUCAGUGAAACAGUGACUUUGAUCUACAGGCCUAAGGGCACUGAACAUCCUAAUGGCCAUUAUGAUGUGUCAAUCAACAAUAAGACAGUGAACAUAGACAGCAAAGGAAAGAAUUCUCUUUUUCAUGCUUUGGCAAGAGGCAUGAAACCAAAAGCCACUGACUCAGAGAUUGCUUCAGAGGCAACCCGUCUCAGAUCUGUGGAAGCCGACACUCUCCUGAAACAAUCUGGACAAUGGGAAUCUUUCAUGAAGCGUAAAGAGUUGACUGAAACAAUCAGAGGAGGAGACUGGUACAUGGCAGAGGCAGGCAGACCAGAGAGAAUUAUAAAAGAAAACAAACCGUUUCUGCAGAAAGUAACUGGAAAGAUUAAACAGUACAAAGGAUAUUUUCAAAAAACAGUUAUUCCAACAGUUGAAAAAAAUGUCAGUGCAGAUAAGCAGCCUUCAGGCAGCAGCAUAGUGGGAGCUAAAAAACUGAACAAGAAUAGCAAAUUAGCCAUGGCAAUGCUGCAAGUGAGAAAAGAUACCAACACAGCAUCUGGUUUGGAGAAACAACCAGCUGAUCGCAACCUUAAAGAUACAAUUGAUGACAUUUCUUCUCUUGAGCUGAAAGCUUUGAGAUCAUGCUUGGCUACCAUGAUAAGCAAGGAUGAUGUUGUUGGAACCUUUAAAGUCAUGACUUUUGGUGCAAUGUUCAGAUGCCAGCUGAGUAACACCAAAAAUGUAAAAAACAAGAAGAGUAAAACCCGGACUGCCAUGUUUGAAAAAAGUUUUCAAGAGUUCAGUACACAAAUGGUGCAGCAAUGGUACAACAUGCUUCAAGGAAAGGGUGUCAUGACCAAAGAUCAUCUUACCACCAUCACGGAAUGGAUCAACAACCAGGGCUACAAGAAUCAAAAUGAUCCAUACAGGAAACAAUUGUCCAGAGUCCUUUCAUAGAAAGUAAAAGCCAGGAUGACGUUGAUUAACAAGAAUAGAAACUACACAACUCUUCCACCUGCCUGAUCAUCACCAUUAUGUAUCAUCACCUUAACAGGCUCUACAGCACAUGUAAAAGUCAAUGCCUGCAAUCUCUCAAGAGCCAAAAAAAUAUAAUGCUAAUGUCAAAUUGAGGCCUAUAUUACUUCAGAGUGUACAGAAGGAUUAAAACUGCUAAAUAGAAACAAAGAAAAGUUAAAAUAACAGAGUUCUUUCAUGCACGUUGGGCCAGAUAUAACAAAAAGUUGUUAUACCCCACUUUACAGGUAAAAUAUCCAUCCAUUCCUCUUCCAUUAGCCAAUAAACCUUAGUAAUAAUUUUGGACUGUGGAAGAAAGCCAGAGUACCGAGAGAAAAAGGGGCAACAUAUCUGGAAUCCUCAAAAUACGUUUUUUUUUUUUUAUCUUAUUACUUUAUACAACUGAUUAGGCACUUUUGAUUUUUAGAGGAAUCUGAUUGAUAUACAAAUCGUUAAAUAAAGGUUUUAAAUGCAUAUAGAUGCAUAGUUUGAAUAUAUUUUUUUACUUGAUUGCUUUGGUUUUUGUAGGUUUAAGACAGAUCAUAUUAAGAUAACAUGGAUGAUAAGUGAUAAGUCAACCUUAAGUAAAAACUAUUUUAAAGUACAAAGUGAGUCAAAUUUAAACAAAUUUUGUUUGAUGCUUUGCUUUAUGUAAAAAUAGAAAAACGAGUUUGCUGUAAUGACUUCAUAUCAUAAUAACAACAAGUUAAUGUGCCUGCUUUUUGGUGCCAUUAUGGACUUUAAUGUGUUCCAAGUAUAGUUAUGCAAUUUAUGUCUUUUUUUCAAGUUUUAUUAGCUUUUAGUUCAGAUGUUAGUGAUCUAUGGGUAUUGGGAAAACUCUUGGGUGGGAGUGUGUUUUUCGGUCAUUAUAUUAGCUUAAAAUAUUAAGAUCUGUGUUAUUUUCAGGUUUAGAUGAUAUUUUGGUGUUUUGCUUGAUUAAUUGUGGUGAUGGUUAUAACAAGACAUUAUUGUGGUUUCAUUAAAGUGAGGUACUAAGGAAAAUAUAUAUAUAUCCAGUGUUUUAUUAUAUCAGCAUUAAAUUUGAUUCCUUACUUUUUCUGUGUUUCAGAGAACAUGUAGUAGAAUGUUGUAGACUAACUAAAGGUAAUGGAUAAUGUUUGUAUGGUUUUUGCCAUUAAAUGUUAAAAUGUUAAUGUUAAAACUGUUUUUAAAAGAAGCAAAAAUUAUAAUGUUCUGCCUAGUAUGAGAAAAAAAAAUCCUAGAUCUUUGCAUAUAGUAAUUAUAAAGCCAAGAAAUUUGAAAAAAAGAUAUGUUUAAGAUUCUUUUUAUCAUUUAACCAUUAUUUGCUUGGUUUCUUUUAUUUUGAUAUGUAAUUGGAAAUAAAAAAAAACUAUGGAAAGUUACAGUAUGUCCACUUGAUAAAGCCUGUUUUUUUUUAUAUUUUUUCUUUAAGUUCAUAGCGCUGAUCUGCUAGAAACUUCAUAUAUUUUUUGUAAUCCUUUCAAUUUUGGCUGGGUUGUUGAGGUAUAAUAAAAGUUGCAUCUUUAAAACUGA